AUGACCACAAAUAUUGCUGAGUCGGUGAAUGCUAUGUUGAUUGACGAAAGGAAGUACCCCGUGGCAUCUAUAUUCAAUUCGAUUGCCAAGAGGUUUAGUGAAAUAUUCAGGGAGAGGCGUGCCUACGUCCUCAAAUAUAAGGAUAACAAAUUUAUUCCCGCCGCCGAAAAGAUCUUAAGAGACAAUAUGAGCGAGGGCGACUCCUUCUAUGUGGAGAACAUAAGCGGGGACGAAAGGCAAUACCCUGUGUUUAGAAGUAGUUGUACGACCAAAGUUGACCUACCGAAAAGGUGGUGUUCUUGCAGGAAGUUUAACCUGGUUAAAGUACUAUGCGAUCACAUGAUGGCUGCUUUGCGAUCGAAGCACAGUGAAGAAUAUGGUUUGAGAGCCUAUGAUUACUCUUCGCCCCUGUAUAAAGUGGAAGAGUACUUCCUUGUGUAUUUAAAAUCAAUUAAUGUUGUCUUUUUGGAGUCUGAAUGGUGCGUUCCAUAA